AUGAAUUCCCCGUCGACCGAAGAGCAGCGACCGCGACGACAGCUCAUCACGUCCAUCGUUCAGCCUGCAGUUGCACCCAUUCAGCAAACGCCUCCUCAGCAAGUACCUGCGCGACGAGCUGCACCGCCCGCCUCCGAUAUCAAGAUUCAGUUCCUAGCCUUUUACCUCCAAGGUUGCAGGACACCCCAACAAACGUCGGAAAAGUUCACUCGCGGGCUCCAGAUGGUAACAGAUAGCACGGCGGAAAUGGCAUCUGUUCUUUCAUACAUGACCAAGAACUGCUGGGACCGCGGAGUGCUUUAUCAGGAAGCUGUGAGGGAAACAGCACGGGUCCAGAGCGGCUACUGGGAUGGCUAUUUCAGGAUGGUUGCGGCCGACACUCAGUGGUUGACCAACAACUGGGGUGGUCCAAACUGGCUUCCUGCGGAUAUUCGGGCAGAGCUUGAAAAGGCGUUUGGUACUCCAGUGCCCUCGUCUUACGUGAGAAGCUUGGUUUCAAUCACGCAGGCUGCACAGACCAAAGGGAUCGGCCUUGACUCUCUCUGGGCUGAAGACGGCGCCCUCAGAACAGCAGUGGGCGAUGGCGGUCGGCCAUGUCUCUCCAGCUCACUGGAGCAGAACAUCAUCGACCAGAUCAAUAACGAGGCAUCUAGCAUAAUCUCAGAAGCUUCUCAUCAAGGACGACAAACCUCGACUGCUGUUCGUCUCGACAGUGGAAGCGAAAAGCCCAACGACAUCAAGGUUGAGAUGAGCGAACCAAACAAGCCUGCACCCAUUCAAACAGAUCCUAGCCAUGAAGAUCCUACCUCAAAUGACAACGAUAAUCUUCCAGCAACCGUGGAUGUGCCUACCGCUCACGACCAUGUAGCACAGACGCAGUCCCAGCCCACAAACGACGGAGCGCAAUCCGCUCCUCCAGUGACCAGAAAGCGGACUUUCGAGCAGAUGAACAGCACAGCGAACUCGAUGUAUGACAAGUACAAGACACUCAUGACGACCUUCAAAGCAGAAGGAAUUGCUCAGCUUCGAGCGGAAGCAAUCGAGAAGCUAGAACGAGCGGAAUCCGAAAAAGCGGCCACAGACCACGCACUGGUAACCCUGAGAGCGAGAGAAGACCAACUCCAACAAUUCCGCGACCACAGCAAGCGAUUGAUCCAUACCACGAGCAGUGGACUGCGAGAACAGGCCAAUCAUGAUGUCAUGGCCGGGGCGCUGGCGAACAUGGGAGAAGUGUACUUCAACGGCGUGAACAGACUACUCGAUUCUUUCCUCCCGAUGUCUUCUGGCUCUUUGGAUGGAGGUACGAUCGAAGACCUGCAGGCACGACAGACCGAAGCGGUCGACAAGGUCGACAAAGCAAAGAAGCGCAUCCGGGUGCUGGAUCACAUGGAAAAGGCACGAGCGGUACAUGAGAACUACACCGAGAUGAUGGAAUUGCGACAAACCAUGCGUACCUUCUGGAUGCAGACAGGUGAGCGCGUCAAGGGUUUGGAGAUGGCGUGCGUCGCUGCGUUCAGUCAUGCCGAGGAGGAAGACUAG